AUGUCAACACAAGCAGCACGAAGCAUUCGCUUUACACACAGCUCUCCGCAACAGGCCUUUCGCUUGAUAGAAUUGACGCCUGAUCUUCUGGAACUAAUAUCUUCUCCGAAUGCGCCGACGUUAUACCUCAAAUCCCCAGCAAGCGGGGACCCCUCGACAGAGAAUAAUGCCGCAUACGUGAAUCUGUGCACACCAACGAAAACAUUCCGAAUCCGCCAAGUCCAAUCCUCCAACUCGAUACAUAUCAUUCAACCAAGUGAUGGUCAGAGCAACGUUAUUCCUUUGAUCAAGCGGCAGAAUGACGAUAAUAAUGAUACAGAAAUUGCGCCAGAGACAAUAACGGCAAUCGCGAAAUGCGGUUCGACGCUGGAAAUGCAAGGGUUGAGUAGUGAGGAAAGUUUUGCUGCGGCGAAGGGCAUGCUUGUGCGGAUAUUAAGGGUUUGGGAUGAUAAGAUGACCUUUAACAACGAUGAUGAUGAUGAUGGAGAUGUUGAUAUGGAUGGAAGCGAAGACGCGGAACUUAACGCCACAAGGAGUUUGUUAGUGAAGAAGGCGGUUAUUGAUGAUAUCCCAUUUGCAGAUUCGCAAUGCCGGAAAGCAUGGAUUGAGCUCUGCGCAUUUGUGCCGGACAAUAAUUACAAGGCUUUGAGCGGAGAAAGACUGGCCUUCCGACCAUCGGCGGCAGUCAAAUUGGGUAUAUGGAAAAGGAUACUUGAAGGAUGCAUAUUGCACAGCAUUGACGUGGAGAAGCAGUUUCUUGUGCGAGAUCUGUGGAAAGCUGUUCUGGGUGAUAAGGAUGAUGAUGACGUUAAAGAGAAAACGUUUUCGCGAUCUUUGUUUGAUGCGAUUGUUAAAAAACUCGCGGAGCGGAGUAGUGAGGAUUGGGUUGAGGAUGACUCUGAGGUGAAAUGGUCGAACAUGGACAAGGAUGUGUGCAUCAAGUGGAUAGGCGAGACCUACCUGGAAGCAACCGCGCCAACUGAGAAACAUGCUAUCGGUCGGUCUGAGUUUUUGAAUGCCUGGAGGGAUUUGUUGCCAGAGACAUGGCGUAAUGCGGCAGCUUUAAGCAAUUUACCAGAGGCUUCAUACAAACAACCGGACCCGGUAUCAAUACAUUUCUUGCCGGAAUCAGAGAGAGACAUGGCAGGGAAAGAAGCUCAGGAUGCAGCGGGCAGCGGUGCACGAGUUAGGAAUUCGAGGAACUGGCAUGAACGGUUCAAAAGUCAGAGAAAGUGA